AAAAAAACUAAUACCCAUCCUUGUAAAUAUGAAACCUUUUAUUGCGUCAUACAUUCCCCUGUGGAAUACUCUUGUAGUAAUUCACUAGCAUGUUUGAGAAGCAGCAGCUCAUGUGGGUGGUGACGUGUAAUUUGAACUCCUCUCUUCCACCGUCUCUCUCUCUCUUUCUCUCUCUCUCUCUCACACACACACACACACACGAAACACAGCGACUAUAAUUGAUAGGAAGUGAGGGGGGAAAAAAUUAACAAGAGUCGUAUGGCUUUGGGGCGUUUGGGUUUGAAGUAUAUUAUGGGCAAGUGGUGGAUGGUAGUUUCUUCUCCUUCGUUUGUGUGUAAAAGUUUAGGUGAGAGAAUUAGUAGUACUACUCUGAGUCUGAGGAGGCUGUCUACAGUAGUACCAGCUGCUGUUGGUGAAAAAUCAGAGGGUGGAGGAGAGGUGGUUGUAUGUAAUGGUGAAAAGAAACUUGGGUUGUUCCCCAAAAGGCGGCGUCCUAGUGGUUUCUGGACGAGCCACCACCUCCACCGUGACGACGAAGACUCUGUUCCUGCUGACCUCUAUUUAUUAUUUCCCUCAGGGCUAGGGGAUGCGCUAAUGCAAGCAAGCAAGAACGUCAACAAGCUGCUGGAGAAAUUGCCACCUUCCGAAUUAAUAGGCCGAGUUAACGAACAGGACGAUCGCUACGAGCUCCGGUACGAAGUUCCCCCGAGGAUGUUCCAAGACGAUAUGAAGAUCGAGAUCGAUUAUGAUUGUAUUUUGACAUUAAAAGCAGAGCACAAAAAGGGGGAAGAAGAAGAACAAGGGUGUUGCAGUGUUAGACUAGUGCUGCCUGAAGAUGCACAAGUUGACGAAAUUAAGGCACAAAUGGAAAAUGGGGUGCUGGUUAUUACUAUACCUAGGAGUGGUGGAGGACCCAAGCUUGGGGAUGUUAAGGAGGUCCAAACUGAUCACUAGCUUUGGUGGUUUUGUGAAGCUUUGUGACUUCUGGUGUUUUCUUUGUGGGUGAUGGCUUAGAGCCUUUACACUCUGUUUUUUUUUCGGCGAAAGUCAGUAUAUUUAGCUUUUAUCUAAACUCAAAAUUACUUAGAACAUAUGAAUAAGCCAAGCUAAAUAAGUUUUGAGUUCGUGUGU